UCCCUUUGCAUGCUUUUCCUCUUCUCCUCUCAGCUCUCUCCAUUUGGUACACUUGGAAGCCAGGAGAGAUCAGACCUUUAAGUUAGUCCCCACCAAUGGAGAAGCAUACUGCAAUUGUUCCUUGCUUGUUCUUGGGCCUCAUCCUCACUCUCGGAGCCUUUGCCCCGAGGGUCGAGGCAGCCCGAGCUUUCUUUGUGUUCGGGGACUCGCUGGUCGACAAUGGCAACAACAACUACCUGGCCACCACCGCUCGUGCGGACGCACCCCCAUACGGGAUCGACUACCCGACUCACCUUCCCACGGGCCGGUUUUCGAAUGGGCUGAACAUCCCGGACCUUAUAAGUGAGCAAAUUGGGUCUGAGUCCACAUUGCCGUACUUGAGCCCAGAACUCACUGGUGAGAGGCUACUCAUCGGUGCAAACUUUGCCUCCGCCGGGAUCGGGAUUCUGAACGACACCGGAAUUCAGUUCGUAAACAUUAUUAGAAUCAGCAAGCAACUCGAGUACUUCCAGCAGUACCAGCAGAGGGUCAGCUCUCUCAUUGGAGAAGACCAGAUGCAGCGGCUCGUGAACCAGGCCUUGGUCCUCAUCACGCUCGGUGGCAACGACUUCGUCAACAACUACUAUCUGGUUCCCUUCUCCGCUCGGUCACGCCAGUUCGCCCUCCCCGACUAUGUCGUCUACCUCAUCUCCGAGUACCGCAAAAUCCUAGCUAGGCUAUACGAAUUGGGAGCCAGGAGGGUUCUUGUGACGGGCACUGGACCGCUGGGGUGCGUGCCGGCCGAGCUGGCUCAGAGGAGCCCGAACGGGGAGUGUGCCGUGGAGCUGCAGCGUGCAGCCGGCCUCUUCAACCCCCAGCUCGUUGAUAUGAUCAACAGCCUCAACAGCGAUCUUGGUGCCGAUGUGUUUGUCGCUGCCAAUGCAAUGCAGAUGAACUUGGACUUCGUCAACAACCCUCGAGCCUAUGGGUUUGUGACAUCGAAGGUGGCAUGCUGUGGGCAAGGGCCAUACAACGGGAUCGGGCUGUGCACGAUAGCCUCGAACCUGUGCCCUAACAGAGACAUCUAUGCCUUCUGGGACCCUUUCCAUCCGUCGGAGAGGGCCAACCGCAUUAUUGUCCAGCAGAUCGUGACCGGGGACUCCAAGUACAUGCACCCCAUGAACCUAAGCACCAUCAUGGAGUUGGACUCUAGGACCUGAUUUAAAGGUUCAAUCAUUUUAUAAUCAUAGUUAUUACAUCAUAAAAUCCAACCGGUUAUCCAUCAAUCAGUUCAUUCAUGAUAUAUUGGUGUCAAUGACGUGACAUGAAGUGUUGUUGUUCGUAUAUGUUGAUCGGGCUUUGUCCAUCUGUUUAGGAAAAUUGUUAUUGUCUUUCGAAUGUGAUGAAAUUCAUCGUAUCAUUUUUAUUUUUGGUAAUUUCUCAAGUUUUUGUCAUAUAUGUGGUCUUUGUUGGGAAGAAAAAGCAAUGGUUUGUGUUCAGAUUUUUGAGAAUAAAUACAUAGUUUGGGUGCAA